GGAAAGAAAGAGGGAAAUCCUGCAUUGGCACAAGAAGAGGGGAAGUCAUACACUUAGUUUGUCUGAGGCUCAGGUAGUUUAAAGUAAUGAACUUUAAUUUAAUGAGUCAAAAGUAAGCUGUGUAAUUUCCAAGUGUUAUUGAAGUAACAGAGUGAGUGAAACCCCAGGAGCAGCCGCGCGUAAAUAUCUGGAAACAUGACUUGGAGAAUGUUAUCAUACAGUGUGUCUGUACUGCUGUGCGCACUGGUGGUAAGGGCCCAGUUCCCCAGAGAGUGCGCCACCCCAGAGGGGCUGGUGAGUGGACAGUGUUGUCCAGCGCCCCCCGGAUUCCCCGGGGAUCCAUGCGGCCUCAGCGCGGGGCGCGGACAGUGCGUGUCCGUGUCGGUGGAUUCCCGGGCUCACGGGCCUCAGUAUCCACACGAUGGUAGGGACGAUCGGGAACGAUGGCCUAUCCGCUUCUUCAACCGCACCUGCCAAUGCAACGGGAACUUCAGCGGGUAUAACUGCGGCCGCUGCAGACAUGGAUGGACCGGGGCCAACUGUGAUCAAAGGGUUUCUGUUGUGAGGAGAAACGUGAUGCAACUCAGCGCAGAUGAGAAGCGUGCCUUUGUAACGGCACUACAUCAGGCCAAACGCACGGUGCACCCCGACCUGGUGAUCGCGACACGCCACUACUCAGACAUCUUCGGCCCUGACGGGAACACAGUCCAGUUUGAAAAUAUCACAAUCUACAACUACUUUGUCUGGUCUCAUUACUACUCUGUCAGCAAGACGUUUCUGGGCGCUGGUCAGACCAGCUUUGGUGGGGUAGACUUCUCACACGAAGGCCCCGGGUUCCUCACCUGGCACAGGUUCCAUCUGCUGCAGCUGGAGCGAGACAUGCAGGACAUGCUGCAGGAUCCCUCAUUCGCCCUGCCUUACUGGAACUUUGCCAUCGGUGGGAACACAUGUGACAUCUGCACGGACGACCUGAUGGGAGCCAGGAGCAACUCGGACAUGAAUUCCCUCAGUCCCAACUCUGUCUUCUCACAGUGGAUGGUUGUGUGUGAGAGCGUUGAGGACUAUGACACACUGGGGACCAUCUGCAACAGCACAGAGACCUCUCCAAUCAGGAGAAACCCAGCAGGAAAUGUCAACAGGCCCAUGGUCCAGCGUCUCCCAGAGCCGCAGGAUGUAGCUGAUUGCCUACAAGUUACUACUUUCGACACACCGCCUUUCUACUCCACCUCCUCUGAGAGCUUCAGGAACACAGUCGAAGGCUACAGCGCCCCCAAGGGGAACUAUGACCCCAUAGUGAGGAGCCUCCACAACCUGGCUCACUUGUUUCUGAACGGAACGGGAGGACAGACACACCUUUCACCCAAUGACCCAAUCUUUGUCCUGCUGCACACCUUUACUGAUGCUAUCUUUGAUGAAUGGCUCAGAAGACACGGUUCAGAUUUAGCUGUGUAUCCUGAAGAAAACGCCCCCAUUGGUCACAACAGGGGAUACAACAUGGUACCCUUCUGGCCUCCAGUAACAAACGCUGAGAUGUUUGUGACUGCCCCUGAAAAUUUGGGUUAUUCCUAUGAAGCCGAGUGGCCAGCAACACCUUUCACUAUCACUGAAACAAUAACCAUAGCCAUAGUCGUGGCUCUUGUGGUGGUGGCGCUCAUCUUCGCAGCCACCACGUGUGCAGUGCGAGCCCGGUCCCACAAGAUGGAUGGCCACCAGCCUCUGCUCAGUGAUCAGUACCAGCGCUAUGACGACGACAAAGGCCAAUCUGUAGUUUGAAAUCUCUGUUACCUAACAUGUCUUUUCUACUGAAGGAACAAAGCAUGUUGUUUUCUGUUCUCAAUAAAAAGAGGAAUUUUUGCAGCGGGCAUGCCCAGCCCCCAAAAAAGUUAAUAUUCAGAACUGCUGUCUAUUAUGCGAUCACAUCAACAUUUUGUUUGAGAAUAUGUUGACAAUUUUGUAGUAAUAUGGUUUACUGAAAUAAUAAAAGAUUUGGAAAUCAUGCUAAAUUAUUCCCUUGUAAAGGAUCAGAUGUAAAGAAUGUUAAAGUAAUACUUUCUCCUUUCUUUUUCUAACUUUUUGAAGGAAUACAGUAUAUGAUGCAUGACUUUAACAUACACUCAAAGGUUUUCUCAUAAAGCAACUUUUAAUAACCUCUUCUUGAAAUCUAUGCCAAACUGAGGGAGCCAUACUACCCACAAGGGGGUGCUGUUGUUCAAUUCCUGACACCGAUCAUAAAGCAUUAACUAAAAGUUGCAAGCCUUCUUUUUUAUGGCUGACUGAUGUCUUGCAAAUAAAACAAGUGAUCAAUAAAAGGAAAUAAGGCCAAAAGUUUUAUGUU